UGAGCAAACCCUCCGGCGCAGAAACGAUCUUUGGCGUAAGGCUCUGUGGCAACAUCAGCAGAUUAACAACAAGCAGCGGCAUUCUGCUGUUUAACAACUCAACGGAUGUGUGACUUGCUUCUCUGUCUGAGUCAGCCCAUCAAGGAGUGCUGUAUAGAGCCAGCUGGUCUGCAUUCAGUCCUAACGACAGCAGCAGCAGCAGCCUUUUGCCUGACCUGCUGAUGGAGCAUUAACCCCCCCUGAUGGAAACCCAGAGGAAAAGCUCUGGGGAUAACGGUGGGGGUGAGCGAGGCCUGCUUCACACCUGGAAGGGCUACUCUUGCAGUGUCACCCCAGAAAGGCUGCUCCUCUCCCGGCCUGUCCUUCAGGUCGCCCUGGGCACACGGCAUGGUGUUCUGCUGGUGGAAGGGGGGCAGGUGUACAGUUUUGGGGAGUUGCCAUGGAAGCAGAGUCAAGUGCCCGAGACAGAGAAACCCACCCUGGAGAGCGCGCUCAGCGGCCAGCAGGUGGUCGCUGUUGCAGCUGGAAGCUUCCACAGCGGCGCGGUGACAGAGGACGGUGGUGUCCACAUGUGGGGGGACAACAACUCGGGUCAGUGCGGCUUGUCGGGCCUCAGCACCGUCUCCAACCCGACUCCCGUCGCUCUGGUGGAUUCCGCCGCCAGCCCCCCACAGACUGUCUCAGUCCGGGAGCUGGCCUGCGGGGAGCAGCACACCCUGGCGCUGUCGGCCCAGCGGGAGGUGUGGGCAUGGGGCAGCGGUUGCCAGCUGGGCCUCAAUGCCACAGUCUUCCCUGUCUGGAAACCACAAAAGGUUGAGCAUUUAGCGGGCAGGUAUGUAUUACAGGUGGCCUGUGGGGCUUCACACAGUCUGGCUCUGGUGCGUUGCUUGGGCCCUCAGGACAUCCACCGGGCACCUGUGGACAAAUGCAGACAGUGUAACCAGCUACUUUACACCAUGACGGACAAAGAGGACCAUGUCAUCAUCUCUGACGGUCACUACUGCCCCCUUGGUGUAGAGCUCGCCGUGGAUGAGGACGUGCUGGAGGCGCCUGCUCCCACUCAAGGUCUCAAAACGUCCCCGUCUGAGCCAGUCCUACCCUCCCAUACCGCCACUUUAAACUCAGCAUCCUCCGCACCUGCUGAAGGUGCUGACCCCUCCUCAGACAUCACACACCAUCAGGACCUGGAGACAGAGGAAUCGGCCUUGGCUAACGGAGCGCUGCCAGCCUCAGACCCGGACCCCUCGGCUCACUCUGAAGGUGGUGGUGUUUUGGAGGUCAAGAGCUCACCCUAUCCAGAUGAGCAGGCUGUCAAAGACUACCUGAAGAAACUGUCAGACAGCACCCAGGUUGAGCAGCCGGUUAAGGGGACUGCUGGAGGACCGCACACUCUGCUGCCCUCAGCAGGAGGGCUCACCGCCUCCACCCCCGGCUCCACGCUCAACAGCCUGGUGGCCUCCUGCGCUUCUGCAGUGGGCGAACGGGUCGCCUCCACCUAUGAGGCGUUGUCCCUCAAAAAGAUGAUGAACUUGUACCUGCCCUCGGGGGUGUCAAGGUCAGGUGGUCCGGCAGGGCUUACGGGUGUUGUCCCAGGAGUGGCUGAGACCACCACAGAGCGUGUCCGCCAGGAGGACUCCACGCAGGCCAAGAAGAGCUGCAGCACAGGGGACAUCCGCGAGGAGGAGGCCGAGGAUCUGCGGCGGCGCCUCUCGCUCCCGGGACUCCUCUCACAGGGCUUCUUCAUCCAGCCC